CAAGUCGCCAUAUUUCCUCAGUAGACGUCUCGUUCAUCUCUCUGAAACUACACACUCAUUUUUAUCAAUUCGUCAUUUUCGUACCAACCAAAUUUAUUUUCGUUUGACAAAAAGAAAUUUUGUUUAAAUGUCAGAGACACAAUCGUCAUUGUUGCUGAAAAAACAAUUGGCCGAGCUGAACAAAAAUCCGGUCGAAGGAUUUUCAGCUGGUCUGGUUGAUGAAAAUGAUAUUCACAAAUGGGAAGUCCUAAUCAUCGGUCCACCAGAUACGCUCUAUGAGGGUGGAUUCUUCAAAGCUCAUUUGCAUUUCCCAAAAGAAUACCCAUUGCGGCCUCCGCGCAUGAAGUUCGUUACCGAAAUUUGGCACCCAAAUAUAGAAAAGAAUGGUGAUGUAUGCAUUAGUAUUUUACAUGAGCCAGGCGAUGAUAAAUGGGGCUAUGAAAAGGCAUCGGAACGCUGGUUACCCGUUCACACAGUGGAAACAAUUUUAAUAUCCGUAAUAUCGAUGCUAGCUGAUCCAAAUGACGAAUCACCGGCCAACGUUGAUGCGGCCAAAGAAUGGCGAGAAUCGUAUCCAGAUUUCAAGCGAAAGGUUGCACGUUGUGUUCGAAAGAGUCAAGAGGACUGCUCAUAGAGAAUUAAAAAAAACACAAUACCAAUACAACAUCAUCAAACAAAACAACAAAAGGCUGGCGCGAGAAAACUGAGACAUACACACACACGCGAAAAUCCAACAGAAAAAUUUAAAAUGAUGAAGAAAGAAUGAAACAACCAACAAAUACAUAAUAAUCAUUAUAAAUUACAACGCAAACACAGAAAAAACAAAAACACAUUCAAAAGUGAAAUGAGCUCCGUCUCCGAUUCAAUAUAAAAUUUCUCUUGAUUUUUCUUUCUCCAGUUUCUUUUUUUUUCUUGUUUUUUGAUUAUUAUAUUCGGCUUCCUCAUUUUUGCCCUUAUGAUAACCCAGUGAAAGAAAACAAGAGAAGAUGAAGAAGAAUAAAAAAAAAGAAUUAAACAACACAACAAUGAAAAAAAAAACGAUUUCAACAAAUUUUUUUUAACAUUUAAAAUACUAUUAUGUAAUUCUUUUCUUUUUAAGCAUCAAUUAAUUUAAAAAGUGAAUAAAUAAAAACAUACAAAAUGUAAAACGAA